AGAUCAGUAUUGUUACCAAUACUAAAAUCAUUCAAUUCAAAUAUUUUACAUAUAAAUUUUAAUUAAAAUAUUAAGUUUAUGUUAAAUUUUUUUAAAUAUCUUUUUAUAUGGAUUAUAUAUAAUAAAAAUUAAAUAUUAAAAAUUUGUUUUUUUCAAAAUUUAAUAAAAUCAUUAUUUACAUUCAUCAUAUAUAAUAAGUUGGUAGCAUUGAAUUAUAUUACGUAUCUUUAUUUAUUGUUAUUAAUGUUAUAUUCUGUAUAAUCAAUAAUAUUUAAUAUACAUUUCGUUAAAUUUGAAUAAGUUGUUAGUAAUUUUUCAAUUUCAUUUUAUAAUAUAUCAUGGGUUGUGAUGGUGGAACUAUUCCUCGAAGAGAUGAACUCGUAAGAGUUAAGAAAAAACCAGAACAGAAAGAUAAGGAAGCAGAAUUAGCGUUUAAGUGGAGACAUUGCACAAUUAAACAAUUACCAUUACAACCACCAGUAGUUGGUUGUGGUUUAGGUCAUCUUUAUAGUAAAGAAUCUGUAUUAGAAGGUCUCCUUGAUCGAAGUACACUUCCAGAAUCAGCACAACACAUUAAAACCUUAAAAGAUAUAAAAAACUUAAAUUUGACACCGAAUCCAGCAUUUGAUGGUAAUAAAGCAAAAAAAGGAGAUUGUUAUGCAGAUGAAGGAAAAAGUCCAUAUAUUUGUCCACUUAUUGGACUAGAAAUGAAUGGUAAAUACAAAUUUUGCUUUUUAUGGUCAUGUGGUUGUGUAAUGAGUGAAAGAGCACUUAAAGAAGUCAAAAGUAAGAUAUGUCAUCAAUGCCAACAACCUUUUACUGAAGAAGAUAUUGUUAUCAUAAAUGCUGAAGGUAAUGAUCUUAAAUUGAUGGAAGAGAAUAUGAUACUACGAAAAAUAGCUAAGAAAAAAUCUAAGAAACAGAAAUAUAAUGAAGAUAAUCAAACAUUAGAAAUUAAACAAGAAGAAAUACCAAAGAAAAAAAUUAAAAAGGAAGAUAAAAGUUCUACUUCUAAGAUUACUAAUAGAACAGAAGCUGAAGAUCCGGCAUAUAAAAAAGUUAAAGAAAAUUAUAGUGUUGCUAAAGAUCCUAAAGCAUCAGAAGUUUUCAAAAGUAUUUUCACUACCCACAAAUCUGCAGCAGAACAAGAUAGGGCACAUUGGAUUACAUAUAACCCAUUUUACAAUUAAAAUAUUUCAAAUAUAAUGAAUAUUCUAAAAAUAAUUAAUAUUAUGCAUAUAGCAAAUAUUAUAUGUAAAAAUAAAUAUCUGUACACAUAAAUGUUUUCAUCAUUAAAUAAAUAAUUUUAUAUAUGUAUAAAAAACGA